AUGAGUAGUAUUCUCAGUUGGAAUGUGAGGGGUAUUAAUACCCAGGGUGUCAUGGAAAGACUUCAAUCCCUGAAGAGUAUCCAUCAGAUUUCCUUAUUUGCUAUCCUGGAACCUUUUUCUGAUAGCUCUCAAAUUUAUCAGUUCAGAAACCAGCUUAACAUGGACAAUGCUAUUAGCAACCCAAAUGGUAAGAUUUGGUUGUUUUGGAACAAAGAUGUGGAUUGUAGGAUUCUGGAAAAUGGGGAACAGGUGAAUACUUGUGAAAUCUUCCAUGUAAGGAAUCCAAACCAAUUCAGAGUUUCAUUUGUCUAUGCAAAAUGCAAAGAUCAUCUCAGAAGACCCUUAUGGGAUAGCAUGUUGCAGCACUCAAAUACAACCCUACCUUGGUGUACCUUAGGUGACUUCAAUGUUAUCACUGAACCUGAAGAGAAACUAGGGGGUGUUACCUACAAUAUGAGAAAGAGCUUGGAGUUCAUAAGCAUCAUUCAAGCCUGUGGUCUUCAGGAUUUGGGAUUCUCUGGACAGAAAUACACUUGGUCUAAUCAGAGAGGUAUCUUCUUUAGAAUCUGGAAGAGAUUAGAUAGAGGUAUGGUCAAUGACAAAUGGCUGGAAGUGAUGCCUCAGACUACUAUCACUCACUUACCUACUGUUGGCUCUGACUAUUGCCCUCUCCUAUUAGAGUUCACUGAGCACCAUCAACACCACAUCAAGUAUUUUAAAUUCAUGAAUUGUUGGACAGACCACCACUCCUUCAUGGAUACUGUUAGCAACUGCUGGAACAGGAACAUUGAGGGUAAUCCCAUGUGGUGUUUUCAUCAGAAAAUGAAGAGAUUAUCUAAUACUUUUAGUAGGUGGUCCAGGAUGCAGUUUGGGGACAUCUAUGCUAAGGUGAAAGAGUAUGAAGCCAAGGUUAGACAAGCUGAGGAGGAUCUGAUUCUUCUUAACUCUGAGGAAUGUAGAGCCAAUCUUCAUGCCAUCAAUGCUGAGUAUAUUAGAUAUCUUAAGUUGGAGGACUCCAUGCUCAAACAAAAGACUCAGUUGCAAUGGUUCAAAGAGGGGGACAAGAACUCCAAGUACUUUCAUGCAAUCAUCAGAGGAAGAAGAAGGAAACUCUUCAUCCAUAGGAUUCAAAAUGAUGAAGGUAACUGGUUGCAAGGGGAUGAUGACAUAGCCAGGGCUGCUUGUGAUCAUUUCCAGAACAUUUUCACUGAUGAUCAAAACAGGGACCUCCAAGCUCUCCCCACCUUGGAGGAACUGAGGACUGUGGUCUUCUCUAUGAACCCCAACUCAGCAGCUGGCCCUGAUGGAAUGAAUGGUAAGUUUUUUCAGGAGUGCUGGGAGAUCAUCAAAGAAGAUCUAUUCAGAGUGGUCCUUUCUUUCUUUAAUGGUCAAACAUUGCCUAAGUACUAUACUCAUACCUGUUUGGUUUUACUCCCAAAAGUAAGCCAUCCAACCAAGCUCUCAGAAUUCAGGCCUAUUAACCUUAACAACUUUACCAAUAAGAUUAUUUCCAAGCUUUUAUGCCUCAGACUAGCACCUACUCUUCCUACUCUUAUUUCCCCUAACCAAUCUGGUUUUGUUAAAAAUAGGAGUAUCUCUGAGAACAUCAUGCUAGCUCAAGAAAUCAUUCACCAAAUUAAGAAGCCUAAUGUAGGUGGUAAUGUGGUCAUUAAGCUGGACAUGGCCAAGGCCUAUGAUAGAGUCUCUUGGUCCUAUAUCUGUUUGGUCUUGAGGAAAAUGGGCUUUGGAGAAGGGUUCAUUGAUAUGGUAUGGAGAAUUAUGUCUCACAAUUGGUAUUCCAUCAUUAUCAAUGGCUCAAGACAUGGUUUUUUUCACUCCACAAGAGGUCUGAAGCAAGGGGACCCUCUUUCUCCCUCUCUGUUCAUCCUUGGGGCUGAAGUUUUAUCUAGACUCCUGAACAAUCUCCAUCAUCAUCCUAAUUAUCAGGGUUUCUUCAUGGCAAAGAGGGGGCCUCAAAUUAAUCAUCUCAGCUUUGCAGAUGAUGUUAUCAUCUUUUCUUCUGGGAGAGCCCAAACUUUGCAACUCAUUAUGGAAACCUUGCACACUUAUGAGAGUACCUCUGGUCAGAUGAUCAACAGAGACAAGAUCCAGUUCAUGGUCCCUUCUAAUGCCUUCAAUUCUACUAUAAGAAGAAUUAAGAAGGUCACUGGCUUCAGGCAAAAGGAUAGCCCUAUCCCUUAUCUGGGGUGCCCUCUUUACAUUGGUAGACAAAAGCUCAUAUAUUACUCUGAUUUGAUUGCCAAGGUGGUGAAUAGAAUAACAGGGUGGCAGGCUAAGAUCCUCAACUAUGGAGGCAGAGUCACUUUGGUUAAACAUGUCAUCCAAGCACUCCCCAUCCACCUGCUGUCAGCUAGCUCCCCUCCUGUAACCAUUCUCAAACAGAUUCAGAGUAUCACUGCAAACUUCUUCUGGGGGUGGAAGAAUGACAAGAGGAAGUACCACUGGUCUUCCUGGAAAAACCUUAGCUACCCCUAUGAUGAAGGUGGUAUUGGUGUUAGACAAAUCUCUGAUGUGGCCAAGUCUUUCCAAUAUAAACAGUGGUGGACUUUUAGAACUAAGAACUCACUAUGGGGAGAUUUUACCAAAGCAAAGUACUGCCAAAGAUCCAAUCCCAUCACCAAGAAAUGGCACACUGGACAAUCUUUGAUAUGGAAGCAUCUUAUGAAGAACAAGCACAAAGUUGAGCCUCACAUCCAAUGGCAAAUACAGUCUGGCUCUUGCCUCUUUUGGUGGGACAACUGGUUGGGAGUGGGUCCUUUAGCCCAAUUCAACAACAACAGCUGCAGGCUUAACAACACCACUGUUUCAGCCUUCAUGGACAAUGGACAAUGGAACACUGAUCUUCUCAUCCAGCAGGCCCCUCCACAGAUGGUGUCUCAUAUUCUUGCUACUCACAUCAAUUACCAACCCCUCCAGCAGGACCAACCAUGCUGGACAUUAAACAACAAUGGGGAGUUUAGCUGUUCUUCUGCUUGGAAUAUCAUCAGAGACAAGAAACCCAAAACCAGGAUUAACUACAAUACCUGGCAUCAAUUCAUACCUUUCAAAUGUUCCUUUCUUGUUUGGAGAGCCCUUAGGGGAAAGUUACCAACCAAUGAGAAAAUAACCAGCUUUGGACACUCUCCUUCACAAUGCUUUUGCUGCUACAGACCUGGACAAGACACUAUAGACCAUAUCUUUGUUGCAGGAGCAUUUGCCAGGAGUACUUGGAGUAUAUUUGCUGACUCUGUGGGCAUAAGCAGGGAGUACACACCUCUCAGAAAUUUGUUAAUGAGAUGGUGGACCUCUAAAUGCAGGAAUGAGGCUCAUAAGCUCAUGAUACAAGCACUCCCUAUCUUCAUAUGCUGGAACCUCUGGAAGAAUAGAUGUGCUUCAAAAUAUGGAGGAAAGCAUUCUAACCUUGCAAGAGUAAAGUUCUCUGUCUUUAAAGACACUUCCCACUUGCUGCACAGUGCUUUUCCUUAUAUCAACUGGCCCAACAACUGGAGGGACCUGGUUCUCUUGGUUGAGCAAUGCUACCAUGAUAUCAAGGUCUUCCCUGUAUGCUGGUCCAAACCAACUGACCAUUUGGUGAAGCUGAACACUGAUGGCAGUGCUCUCACCAAUCCUGACAACAUUGGAGGAGGAGGAAUCCUUAGGAAUGCAUCUGGUGAUCUCAUGUUUGCUUAUGCAAUCCCCUUAGGAUCUAGAACUAACAAUCAAGCAGAGAUCAAAGCUGCUAUCUUUGGUCUCUCUUGGUGCCUUCAUCUUGGCUACAAUCAAGUCAUACUGGAGGUUGAUUCCCAAUUACUUCUCAAAUGGCUGCAACAGGAAGCAAAGCCUCCAUGGUCCAUUAAAGAGCUGCUGGACAAGCUCAAUAACAUCAUCAACCAAUUCCAAGAAUUCAGCUGCAACCACACCUUCAGGGAAGCCAAUUCCACAACUGAUAGCUUGUCCAAACACAGCCACAAAUGCUCUGUUCCUGAGCUCUACUUCAACAAGCAGGAUCUUCCCAAAGAGGCCAGAGCCCUCAUGGAGCUAGACAUGCUGGGAAUGGUAAGGAAUAGAGCAUUAUUUCUUCUUUCUUUUCCUAUCUCUGUUGUAUGUGCAGGUACAUACAAACCUACAACUCAUCAGUCCACCAGUGGAGAAACAAAUUUAGGUGCCCCAUGGUGCAGCAAUAGCAGGAUGCAACAAACUACAAAUGGAAGUUUGCCAAAUCCAAUUGAUGCAACCCCUCUUUGGAUGGCUGUUAAAGGAUGCAAGAACACAGGAUCAUGCAUAAGGAGUCCUUUGUACUGCAAUUUCAGCCUGCCUCUUACCUUUAUCAACAACAACAUCCUCCAGCAACAAAGUCAAAAACCUGCAACUUUCAGGGAACACAUACAAGACAAUAGAAAUUGUACAAAUGCAACAUAUCAAUCCACAGUUGGAGGGCCAGCUAUGAGUGCUGCAUACAGCAGGGGCAGGAUGGAGCACUUCACUGUUACAGGACUCUCCAUGACUGAAACAAAAGGAUUGUGCAGAAAUGGAGCCCCCUUUUGUUUUUGGUGCAAUAACUAUUGGGGAGCCACACACAAGCAACCUGAACCAGAUCACAGGAGAGGGCCUUCUUUUCUACAAACACAAUCAACAAGAGGGGUUGCAACCAGCAUCAGCAUCCUUGCAGCCAAGAGGGAUAUUUGGGACUGCUUUAGAGAAUUAAUCCCCAUUUCACAUUCUGAACUGAGGAGACAACAAGCUGGUAGCUUAGGAACUCACCAACACACCAACACUACUCUCAUGCGAAAUUCCUUGAUGCAGAACCUGCAACAGCUCUCCUACACCAUCCCUGUAACAUCUGUUGUUGGAGAUACAGGGAUCAACAAAGAGAAGGGUGGUAAACCAAUGGUUCCAAGAGAGAAUGUUGUUGCUCAAACUUUUCCCGCUUGUAAGAAGUGUGGAAAGACUCACAAAGGGGAAUGCUUCGCCGGCUCCAAUGAAUGCUUUAAUUGUAGCAAGCUGGGUCACCAUGCUAAGGAUUGUAGAGAUGGUGGCGGUAGGCCUUAA